AUGUCUAGAUUAGAAACGGAAAAGUUGGCCCUACUACAGAAGACUAUUUCUAGAGGUAGAUCGAUAUCCCCAUCUGCCGGUGGCAGCCGAUCAUCCUCGAUUCUGAACGACGAAUUUAACAAGGAGUUGAAAUGGUCAAUCACCAACCACGAUCCUCUGGAAAGAAUCGUCAAGAGAGAUGGAGAAGAUGAUGAUACCGAUUUGUGGGAAAACGAAGUCAGUGAAGAAGAACAUGUCAGUGACGAUGAUGCCAAUGAGAAAUUACAAUAUGAUGAUACUGGUAACAUUUUACCAAACUAUGCAUGUCAAGAUGAAAAGAUUAAUGAAAUCUCAUCAAUUUUAGAAAACUCAAAUUUAAAUGAUAAUGCCACCAUCAAAAGAUUAGAAGAGUUGACUGCUAGUGAACGUGCAUUUGCUGCAGCCAAAAAUGCCGGGUCUCUGGUUGAUAAAGAACAAUUGGACAAAUUGGCUACUUUCAAACAACAGUUGACUGGUUCAGAUACUUUGAAUUUGAGCAAGACUGAGCAAGAUGCUUUUGCCAGAAGACAAAAGUUAGAUAAUUAUCAAGCAUAUAGAAGAAAGAUUAUUCAUCAUGAAAAUGGCACUCCAACUGAUUCUCUUUCUCCAACCAGAGAAACCGAAAAUACCGAAAACAAUGAAGAUUUUAUUAUCCCUUAUACUUCGGCAGUUGAAGAUAAAUUAGAUAGUGAGUUUGCAUCGCAAUUGAAUGAAACAAUAAAGGAAGGAGAAAUAGAUUCAAAUAAAGCACAUUCACGAGUAAUUCAAACUAUAACCAGAGGUAAUUUCUUCCAAUUGGUUAACCCUAAAGUGAAGCCAAAGAUGUUUUUGGUUUGUAUGGAUUUCUCGCCUGAAUCCAUUUUUGCUUUGGAAUGGAGUCUUGGGACUGUAUUGGUUGAUGGUUCAGUAUUGUUUAUCGUUUAUGUCAUUGAAGAUAAUGACAAUAAUCGACAUUUGAAAGAAAAUGUCCAGGGCGAAGCCGAAAGAGAACAACAUCGAUUAAACAUGUUAGCCAAGGCAAAACAACAAGUGUUAAACUUGUUAAAAUUAACCAAAUUGCAAAUUCAUAUUGUCAUUGAAAUUAUCCACCAUCCGAUCCCAAGACAUUUGAUUUUGGAAUUCAUUGAUAAUUUACAACCUACUUUAGUUGUUGUGGGAUCCAAGGGUCAAAGUGCAAUCAAGGGUGUGUUGUUGGGUUCCUUGUCCAACUACUUGGUUACUAAACUGAGUGUUCCCGUCAUGGUUGUUAGAGAAAAAUUAAAGAAGAUCAACAGAUUCAAAUCUGGUUCUUCUGUAUUUUCAAACAAUAUUAAACCAUUGACAUUAUCCGAAGCUAGAAUUGAUUGA